CGGGACGAAUACUUCCGGUACAGUGUAUGGAGAGCUAGACGAGAAACGUUUUCGGCUGUGGUUGGUGAAGUUUUCUUCGGUUCCGGGAGGCAGCGAUGGCAUUGGAGACGGUUCCCAAGGAUUUGCGGCACCUGCGAGCUUGUCUUCUCUGUUCCUUGGUCAAGACUAUAGACCAAUUUGAGUAUGAUGGCUGUGAUAAUUGUGACUCAUACCUACAGAUGAAAGGUAACCGAGAAAUGGUAUAUGACUGUACAAGCUCUUCUUUUGAUGGGAUCAUUGCAAUGAUGAGUCCAGAGGACAGCUGGGUCUCUAAAUGGCAGCGAGUCAGUACCUUCAAGCCUGGAGUUUAUGCAGUGUCUGUCACUGGCCGCUUGCCUCAAGGAAUUGUUCGGGAACUGAAGAGCCGAGGCGUGGUCUACAAAUCCAGAGACACAGCAAUAAAGACUUAGUGACCCACCAGGGCCUCCAGCCCCCUCUGCCCUUGACACCCCUAUCAUUGUUGAGUUUUUUGCCUGGAGAACUGUUAGAACAUUACUCAUUUUCCUGCCUACCUUCCAUUCUUCAGCCUUUGAGGGAUGUCAGGAGCAAUAAUGACUGACUGCAGGGACAUUGGAUUCUGGAUUGUUGAAAGAGGGCUGGAUUCAUAAGAUUAUGGAAAUGUUGAGGCAAGUGCUGUUUAUCCCAUCUUGAGCACUGGACUUGAGGUUGUAUGGGGUCAGAGGAUAAUAAUAAAUGUGAACCGUUUCAGUCAGAA